UGUAGGGGGAAGAAAAAAAAAUAAACCACACCAACCUAGUCACUAGCUAGCAUCGCUCUUCCGCUGAACUACAUUUCCCAGAAUGCCAAGGCGCUAAGUCACGCGGUGGCUCUCUUUCCCCGCCCACUACUAGACGCCACACCAUCAUCUGUUUAUGUUCAGACCCGAGAACCUGAGAGAUUAGAUGAGAGGAGAGGAGAGGAGAUACACAUACACAUACACAUACACGGCACGAGCGUCGCGGCAGUUAUUUUAAAACCGUAAUCGCGUGUAUUUUGUUGUCGGUUUUUUCCUUUUUAAAUUUUUAAUCAGCGUGCGCGAGACCGGCCGUUAUUCCGCAGCACUAACGUCCUGAACUGUCUGUAUUUUACCCUGAAACAUUUACUGAAAGUAUUCGCACCCCUGUCUUUGUUAGCAGGUGGCUUUGUUAGCUAGCACAGUGUGUACUGUGUGUUUUUAUUGUUUUGUUUGUUUUUUUUUGUUCUAACCGCUGGAGCUAACGGACCGGUACCGAGUCUUUUGUAACGAACCGACUCUUCUGGAAAAAAAACCCAACUCGUUAUCAGGGCUCUGCUUGUCCUCCGUGACAUCACGUCCCGUAACACACUGAGUCCUGUGUGUGUGGCUGUGGCACGAGUCAGAGCUCUUUAGCUUGAAUUACAGCUUUUCCAGCUCUCCAGAGGCUCAGGCCGGACUUCCCGUCUCACCCGAUAAGGAUCCAUGCAGCGUUGAUGAUGAAGAUGCAGCUGGCGAUGAAGCUGAGGCGAAGCUGAGAUCGACCGUGUGACUGUGUAGUGGUCCAAGCUGGAGAGCCGGAAUCCUCGCUCACACACAUAGAAACACACACACACACACACACACACACACCGUGCCCAUGUUUUCUCCCGAGCAGGAGAACAUCUCCACCUCCUCCUCCACCAAAGUGCCAAUUAAAUACGGAGAGCUCAUCGUACUCGGGUACAAUGGCUCGCUCCCGAACGGAGACCGCGGAAGACGGAAGAGCCGCUUUUCUCUCUUCAAACGCCCCAAAGCAAACGGAGUCAAACCCAGCACUGUCCACAUAGCCUGCACGCCCCAAGCAGCCAAGGCCAUAAGUAACAAGGACCAGCACAGUAUCUCCUACACUCUUUCCCGAGCGCAGACCGUGGUGGUAGAGUACAAUCACGACAGCAAUACAGACAUGUUCCAGAUCGGUCGUUCCACUGAAAGUCCAAUAGAUUUCGUGGUGACGGACACCAUCCCCGGCAGUCAGAGUAACUCGGACACGCAGACCGUACAGAGCACCAUCUCACGCUUCGCCUGCCGCAUCAUGUGCCAGCGGACCCCACCCUACACGGCCCGCAUCUACGCCGCCGGCUUCGACUCCUCCAAAAACAUCUUCCUCGGGGAGAAGGCAGCGAAAUGGAGAACGUUAGAUGGUCAGAUGGACGGCUUGACGACGAAUGGCGUAUUGGUGAUGCACCCACGUAAUGGCUUCACCGAGGACUCCAAACCCGGCGUAUGGAGGGAGAUCUCGGUGUGUGGUAACGUCUUCACGCUCCGGGAAACACGAUCCUCACAGCAGCGCGGCAAAAUGGUGGAGAGUGAAACCCAGGAGCUGUCGGACGGUGCUCUGAUCGACCUGUGUGGCGCUACGCUGCUGUGGCGCACUGCUGAGGGUCUUCGGCGUGCACCCACUCUGAAACACCUGGAGGCGCUGCGGCAGGAGCUGAACGCAGCGCGGCCGCAGUGUCCCGUGGGCCUCAACACACUGGCGUUCCCGAGCAUGCGCCGGUGCCAGGGCGCCGUGGCCGAGAAGCAACCGUGGGCGUACCUGCAAUGCGGCCACGUGCACGGCUACCACGACUGGGGCGAGCGGGGCGGGGCCGGGGGCGGGACUGAGCGCGAGUGCCCGAUGUGCCGCGCCCGUGGGCCUUACGUGCCGCUUUGGCUGGGCUGCGAAGCGGGGCUUUACGUCGACGCAGCUCCGCCCACUCACGCCUUCAGCCCAUGUGGCCACGUGUGCUCGGAGAAGACGGCUGCGUUCUGGAGCCAAAUCCCGCUUCCACACGGCACACACACCUUCCACGCUGCAUGCCCCUUCUGCGCCCAGCAGCUCAGCACCGGCCACAACCACGUCCGGCUCAUCUUCCAGGGGCCCGUCGACUGACCUUCGACCUUUUCUAGACCUUCCAGAAAGGGCCUCGGGGCCGUGCACUCCGCAGUCUUCUUUUUCCCCAGCUCACGACCGUCAAACGAUCUUUAUUAAAGCCACACACCGUUUUCUUCCUCCACGCAAAACGGAGAGCCGUGUACCCUCUCUCAUCACGCGUCGCUCUCUUUAUUUUUCUGUCCCUCUACAAAACCGCAUACUUCUGUGUUAAAUACUGUCGAAAUACUACACCUGAUUAUAAAUCUCCUAAGCUAUGCCAGUGUACUCUUUGGGCGCGGUGCAGAAUUUAGCAGGGUAGUAUGUAGGUUUUCUUAACUCUUGGACAAUAUCUUUUUUUUUUUUUUCCUUCCUCUGCUUUCUAAGUGACCUUUUUGUAGUGAAUUUUUCUUAAUCCAGAAGACGUACAGAGAAAUAUAUAUUUUCACGUGAAACUUAAAAAGUACCUGAACAAGGCAAAAAAAACAAAACAAAAAAAAACAACAAAGACAAAAGAAAACGAGGCUUUCGAAUACAAAUGGAAGUGUGAGCUGCCACAGGAAGUGCCCAGGCGAUCUCGGGGAGUGAACCGAGAGGCUCCGAGUGGGCUACAGUAAUAUAUUACAGUGUUUCUUUGCUAAUAUGCUAAUGGAAAAAAAAAAAAAACAAACAAAAAGGUUUUACUCAAUUUUAGUGAUGCAAUAAUCAUCCUUUACACCAGAGUGUCUGUGAUUUAUAACACGAACUGAACACUUACGAGUCGAUUCAUCACUGCUGCAAAAAAACAAAACAAAAAAAAAAAAAAAAAAACAGGAAACGCGUUUAGAUUUUAGAGAUGUUUUUUUUUUUUCAUGUAAAUCAAAUAUGCCUAACUUAAAAAUACUUACCGUUUUUAUUUAUGCAUAGUAUCGAUGUUAAUCAAAUGUAAAAUUAUUGUUGUGUACUUUUUGGAGUUCCACUCUGUGUAUCUGCCCUGUUUUUUUGUUUGUUUGUUGAUGUUUCUUGUUUAUCAUCCCAUGUGAAGCCUUG